AUGACUGAGAAACACUGUCUGAUACUGACGUUUGUUUGGACGUUGUUUCAAUUGGUUUACGUCCUGUGCAAUGGAAUAUCUCCGACUGAAAGAAUCUUUGUUACCUUCGUAAAAUCUCUUAACGAUGCAUGGAUGGCUAGAAAAGAUCUGUUUAUCUCAACAGCUUUGUACUAUAAAAAUGCCGAUAUUCAGAUGAGACAAUACUAUUUUGGAAGUAAUCAGUUUAUAGGAGAAGACUUGGGAAUUGCUACUGAAUCAGAAUUCGUCAAAUUAAGAAGAACUGUCGAGCAGAAGUGUCAGAUAAUGUCAGGAAUACAAAUAGAUGCGAAGACUGCCAAAGAAUUUUUCAAGAAAUCAGAUGGGAGAAAUGCACCAAUGUCUGAAUUCAAGGAAGCUGUUGUUCAACUGGUUUCUGAAGUAGAAAAGGUCGAGAAACACAGAAUCAACAGGCUUCACACACAGUUGCCAUUGGAUAUUAUGAAUACAGCUCUGUAUGCAUUGAAACCAGGGCGUGAUCGCGACGUUGGUGAUGAAAUUUAAUGAAACACAGUGGAUAUGAGGUGUUAACAAGCUAAGAAAAUUUUUUUCUCUGGUGAUGGUGUUCUACUAAUUGAAAAUAAACAUUUUCUCUUUCACAAAA